AUGGCUCGGCCUUCGCUUGUGAAUCCGGAGGUUGAUUCUUCCGACAGCGGUGGCUGUUCUGGUAGUAUUUUCCAGACUAUACAGUACAUAGGGCAAAUGCUUAUGGAAGACAACGUGGAGCAGCAAUCGUGCAUGUUCCUUGACCCAUUAGUUCUGCAAGCUGCUGAAAAAUCAUUCUACGAAGUUCUGGGUAAGAAAUAUCCUCUCUCACCCAGCAAAACCCCUCUCUGCAUCCCUCAUACUUUUUCAUCCGACAACGGUUUUAGCGGCAGUGACGCUACUAGUGACUCUGUUUCUCAGUCCACUUUUCAAAUGCCCUUCAGCUCCAGGGUGAGAUAUGAUGGGUUGACAGAUUCACCAGUGAGUACACUUCUUCCCAGUACUUUUGGCAGAUGCGAGUCCAUACUGCAUUUUAGAAAAGGACUAGAGGAAGCUAGUAAAUUCCUUCCGUAUGAAAAUUGUCCUGUUACUGAUGCAGAGGCAGAGAAAGGUGAGGAAAAUUUGCUUAACAGUGUGAAUGGAAAGAAGAAACAUCACAGGGAGAGUAUAGAUAUGGAUACACAAGAAGAAAGGAGUAGUAAGCAAUUGGCGGUUUGCGGGGAAGAGGACGAGUUAUCGGAAAUGCUUGAUAAGGUUUUUCUCUUUCCUGAUGGAAAUAAGAAGCCUAUAGAGUGCAAUGCUCAUGAAAAUUUGCAUAAUGGUGCAGGUGAGUUGCUACAGCAGAAUGGGCAGCAAAAGCAAUGCAGCUUUAACAUUGGGAAGGGUCGUGCAAAGAGAGAUGGAAAUAAAAAUGCAGUGGAUUUGAGGACUCUUCUCAUUCAUUGUGCACAAUAUAUCACUGCUGAUGAUUGGGAGGCUGCUGAGGAAAAGCUAAAGCAGAUCAGGCAGCACUCUUCUCCUUAUGGAGAUGGGUCUCAAAGGUCUGCCCAUUAUUUUGCCAAUGGCCUUGAGGCACGCUUGUGUGGCACCGGGGCUCAAAUUUGUGCUGCCUUGUCUUCCAAGAGACCAUCAGCUGUCGAUAUGUUGAAAGCUUACCAGUAUUUUGUUUCAGUCUGCCCAUUCAGAAGGAUCAGUUUUUAUUUUGCGAACCACCAUAUUUUGAAUUUAGCUGAAAGAAGAAGGGUGCUUCAUGUUAUAGAUUUUGGCAUCCUACAUGGUUACCAAUGGCCCAUGUUUAUCCAGGAUCUCUUGUCCCGGGUUGGUAGACCUCCCAAGCUUCGGAUUACAGGCAUAGAGUUUCCCGAACCUGGUUUCCGCCCAGCAAGAAAAGUUGAGGAAACAGGGCGUCGUCUGGCAAGGUAUUGCGAUCGCUUUAAUGUUCCAUUUGAGUACAAUGCCAUAGCAAAGAAAUGGGAAACCAUUCGAACUUCAGACUUCAAGAUUGACAGAAAUGAAGUCGUUGUUGUAAAUUGCUUGUUUCGACUUGAGACUGUGUUUGACGAGACAGUUGCGUUGCAUAGUCCAAGGAAUGCUGUUCUAAACUUAAUCCGGAAGAUAAAUCCCAAUAUAUUCAUCCACGGUGUUUAUAAUGGGUCCUACAAUGCCUCUUUCUUUGUCACUCGGUUUCGAGAGGCACUCUUCCACUAUUCAGCAUUAUUUGAUAUGAUGGAUGCUAACUAUACCCAGGAAAGUCAAGAGAGGUUGAUGUUUGAGAAAGAGUUUUUUGGGCGGGAGGCUAUCAAUAUCACAGCCUGUGAGGGUUCGACAAGGAUUUUGAGGCCCGAGACGUACAAGCAAUGGAAGGUCCGGAAUACGAGGGCUGGGUUCAGGCAGCUCCCAUUGGAUAGGGAACUUAUGAACACAAUGAGGGCUAAGGUGAAAUCUGGCUACAAAAAUGAUUUUUUGGUAGAUGAAGAUGGCAAUUGGGUGCUGCAGGGAUGGAAAGGCCGGAUCUUGAUGGCCCUCUCCUGUUGGGUUCCACAGGAUUCUUGA